CUUUAUACUCAUCAGCUGGAAAUAAAGAAGGAUGUGAAGAAAGAAAGCCAAUCAGUAAAACCUACAGAAAUGCUUGGAGAUGAUGUCUCCAAUGGCAGCCUGCUGUCUUCAAGUGAUGCAACUCUUAAAAGUCCUAGAAAAGCUGAAAAAAUUAGAUCAAGAAGAUGUCAAGUGGCAUUUAGUUAUGCACCUCAGAAUGAAGAUGAACUGGAGCUGAAAAUCGGUGAAAUAAUUGAAGUACUUGGUGAAGUUGAAGAAGGCUGGUGGGAAGGCAUCCUCAAUGGUAAAAGUGGAAUGUUUCCAUCAAAUUUUAUUAAAGAGCUUCCAGAUGAACAAGAGGAAACAGCUAACACACACGAUGAUACCACAAUAAAAACGAAUGCGAAAGACCGAGGAAGUCCUGAACAGGAUACUACAAAUGGAGUUGCUGUGAAGUUGGCAGAUGGAUCAAAUAAUGCAUCAGCAACAGAAAUUCAGCCAAAAAAGAUAAAAGGAUUUGGCUUUGGAGAUAUUUUUAAAGACAAACCAAUCAAACUAAGACCAAAAUCAAUGGAAAUAGAACUUGAUAACAACACUAUAGAUAAGACUUCUGGAAAAAAGUUAGCUUCAGCUGUGUCUUCUCAGGAACCUACAAAGUCUGAAUCAGACAGCAGACCUAAGGGUAAAGAAUAUUGCAAAGUACUAUUCCCAUAUGAGGCACAGAAUGAUGAUGAGUUGACAAUCAGAGAAGGAGAGAUUGUAAUUAUUAUAAAUAAGGAAUGUGCAGAUGCUGGAUGGUGGGAAGGAGAAAUCAAUGGUAAACGGGGAGUUUUUCCAGAUAACUUUGUGAAACUUCUGCCACCUGACUUUGAAAAAGAACGACCCAAGAAGCCUCCACCCCCUUCAGCUCCAACUGUCAAGCCAUUGUCGGGAUCCAAAUUUGAUGGUUCGUUAGUGGACAAGAAGAAUGAAGCAAAAAGAAUGCCUCCAGAAAGACCGGACUCUCUCCCAACCAGGAUAGAGGACAAAGAAGAAAAGUCAGAAAGAGAUCAGAAAUCUAUAGAACUGUCUAAACCUUCAGUACCUGCAAUACCACCGAAGAAACCUUUGCCUCCCAAGACCAAUUCUUUGAACAGACCAAAUACGUUGCCUCCUAAAAGGCCAGAAAGACCAGCAGCACCUGCAGCUCAUUCCAGGUCUGACAGUGAUCCAAAGUCUGAAAUAGGAGUGUCUGUUGUGCUGCUUAGCACUUUGGAGAGAGAGACCUUGGAAAAAACCAAUGACAUUGGUAAGAAUUCAGUGUCUCAUUCAGCUGCUGUUUCGAAUCGCCUAUAA